AACUAUUUAAACCAUCAAAUUCCAUUCCUCUUUUCAUACAAAAAUUCCAAAUCCAACUUCCAAUUCCCAUUUCUAACCCUUAAGUUUGCGAUGGCCACAGAAGAACCCAUUGUUGCGGUGGAACCUGUUCCCGAACCAACGAUCACCGAACCACCAGCCUCGGAGAAAGAAGAAGCAAAGGUUGAAGCAGAGAAGAAGACGAAGGAAUCCAAACCUAAGAAAGCUUCCAAACCACGAAGUCCUGCUUCUCAUCCUUCUUACGAAGAGAUGAUUAAGGAUGCAAUUGUGACUCUGAAAGAGAGAACAGGUUCAAGCCAAUACGCAAUUGCGAAAUUCAUUGAAGAGAAACACAAACAACAACUUCCUUCAAAUUUCAAGAAGCUAUUGCUUCAGAAUUUGAAGAAGAAUGUUGCUUCUGGUAAACUUGUUAAGGUUAAAGGUUCAUUCAAACUUCCUUCCAAGACGACGAAACCAUCAUCAUCGGUGACUACAGCUUCUCAGGCGAACAAAAAGCCUGCAGCAUCCAAGCCGAAGACAAAGCCAAGUGCCUCUAAGUCAAAGGCUAAAACUGUUGUUAAGCCAAAGGCUGCUUCCAAGCCCAAAACUGCUGCUGUCAAAACCAAAACUACUGUUGCUAAACCCAAACCUGCUGCUGCCAAGUCCAAAGUUGCUGCAAAGCCCAAGGCUGGUGUGAAAGCGAAGCCCAAGGACAAGUCUGCUAAGGUUGCAAGGACAUCGACGAGGACUUCACCAGGGAAGAAAGUACCGAAGAAGGUUGUGGCUGCGAAGAAAGCUCCGGUGAAGAGCGUGAAGCCUAAAAUCGUAAAGUCUCCGGCGAAGAAGGUUUCGGUUAAGAGAGGGGGAAGGAAAUGAGAGUCUAAUAGUAUAAUUGUAGCUUUAACUUUGUAAAGGAAAUGUAAUAGUUUGUAUUUGUUGUCUUUUAAUACAGAUAUAUUUUCUGGUUUUAUUUA